GUGCUCGCGAGAGUGACAUUGAAGCCUUACGGUCAGAGCUACUGGAUCUGGAGGAAGAACUGGCCAGCUCGAACGAGACACGCGACAACCUGUCGUACCAUCUCAAGAAGUACGAAGCCCGCGGACAGAAGCAGAUACAUCAACAACAGACGGAGCGGACCACUCACCAGGAAGAACUCGAUGAACUAGAGCGAGAGAAAGACCGCUUCAAGGCACAGUAUCAAGCAUUGCACAAAGAGCACAGUUCUGCCGCUGAUCGUAUCCAAGUGCUUGAAACCCAGCUUGAAUCAGAGCGCACGCAAAGGAGGGGUGUGGAUAUAGCGCUCGAACGCAUGACCACCGACCUAGACACGGCCGAGGCUGAGCGAGUCGAACUUCGGGAGAAGCUCAAGUCCAGCCAGGCAGAGUACGAGCGCGCGUGUGGGCAAAUAAAGAGUAUGCGCGAAGACAACCAGCGGAUUCGCGAUAAGGUGGACCAGCUCUUCCGUACAGAUGCAGCAGCUAAACAGGCAAGCGAGAAGCAAGAUCAGUACGAAGGCUUGCUCGCCCAGGUUGAGGAUAUGAAGCGCGCGCACGCCAAGGAGUUACAGG